CAGCUGAGGCAUCACACUGCUUUUGACACAUCUUUGUUUACAAGCAAACUCACAAACCUGUCAAAAUGGUGCAUCUGAGUAGUGACGAGAAGGGCCACAUCACCUCCCUGUGGGGUAAGGUGAAUAUUGAACAGACUGGUGGUGAGGCUCUUGGGAGGCUGCUCAUCGUCUACCCCUGGACCUCCAGGUUUUUUGACCAUUUUGGUGACCUGUCCAACGCCAAGGCUGUCAUGUCAAAUCCUAAGGUCCUUGCCCAUGGUGCUAAGGUGCUGGUUGCCUUUGGUGAUGCCAUCAAUAACCUGGACCACCUGAAGACCACCUUUGCCAAGCUGAGUGAGCUCCACUGUGACAAAUUGCAUGUGGACCCUGAGAACUUCAGGCUCCUGGGAAACAUCAUUGUGAUCUGCCUGGCUGAGCACUUUGGCAAGGAAUUCACCCUUGAGCAUCAGGUUGCCUGGCAGAAACUGGUGGCUGGUGUGGCCAAUGCCUUGGCACACAAGUACCACUAAGCCCCUGCCCAUGUGGGGGCCUCCAGCCAGCUGAGUCCCCUGUGUUCCAUGUAGUCCAUCUUCUGCACAUGGAAUGAAUGGGGCCUGGCCCUGUGAGCAUAGCCCCUGACCAAUAAACUGCAUUCAGUCCAAUGA